AUGACCCUUUCGCGAAGCCCUUCACCUGUUCCCGGCGGUGGCUGGUCAAGCCCAGGAUUGAGCCUUGACAGUGGGAGGUCGACUCCAGCGAACGUGAGCGGUGGCCCUGUGGUAUGGGAAUCGGCCAAGAUGCGACCUCACAACUCUAGCACAUUUUCGACAUUUUCGACUCAAAACAAGGGUUUCUUCAGCAGACACAUGCGGCGACUAUCGAGCAGCCUCCCGCAGUUUAACGGGCAGCGUGAGACUUGGAAGGAAAAGCAUGGACGGGGGCCAAGAUGGAUUCGAAAGGUACCACUCGCCGGUAGAAUACGAUCGAUCUAUGGGCGAAUGGGCAGGAGACUAAAGAUGUCUCUGCUGUUCAUGCUGGUAGCGUUACUCUGCUAUACCAUUUUCUACACAACCCCUCUUGUAUAUUACUGGAGGAGAUCUUUCGGCGGCGGCAACAAGUUUGUCAUUAUCUUGGGCGCAAAUGUUGGAGGUGGUGUCAUGGAGUGGAAGGGUGCCAGAGAAUGGGCUAUCGAGCGAGACAGCGUACGAAACAAGCGAAAGUACGUCAACCGAUGGGGCUACGACUUGGAAAUUGUGGACAUGAGCACCAAGAAGAAGUAUGCGCACGAGUGGCGGGAGAGCUGGGAGAAAGUCGACUUUAUUCGGUCGACCUUGAGGAAGUAUCCCAAGGCUGAAUGGGUUUGGUGGCUGGACUUGAACACAUUCGUCAUGGAGCCCUCGGUAUCGCUUCAAGACCACAUCUUCAACCACCUGCAGACAGAAGUCGAGCGCGACAUCAACUACUUCAACCCUCGCAACAUAUCGCAUCCUUUCACGAAUCAUUAUCUGGAUGAGGUCUCACGAAGCCCAGUUGGGGAUGGUAAGGCCAACUCGAUCAACAUGAUCAUGACACAGGAUUGCGCCGGCUUCAACCUGGGAUCCUUCUUCAUGCGGCGCAGCGACUGGACGGACAGGCUGCUCGACGUUUGGUGGGAUCCUGUCACAUAUGAGCAGAAGCACAUGCAGUGGGAGCACAAAGAGCAAGAUGCGCUGGAUCAGCUAUAUCAAACGCAGCCAUGGGUGCGCAAGCAUGUCGGCUUCCUACAUCAGCGCAAGAUCAACAGUUUCCCACCCGGAGCUUGCAACCCCGACGGCGGACCUAAGGAUAAGCACAUCCACUAUGAGGAGAACCAGCGCGAUUUCCUGGUCAACAUGGCAGGGUGCGAAUGGGGCCGAGACUGUUGGGGCGAGAUGUACUAUUACCGUGAGUUCAGUUACUGGCUCAACCGAAACCCAUGGGAGCGCUUUAAGGAAGAUCUCAUUGCGGUCAUCUGGUUCAAGCUCACCGGCAAGAAGGUCAAGUUGUGA